GUGUAGCGGCGACGACGAGAGACACACGUUUUGAGGAAUCAAAAAAAUUUUUGCUGUUUGUGAUUUGUGUCGGCUGUCCAUUGACAAAAGUUCAUCGUAACUGAACGUUCCGUCCGCAAUGGGUGGGUUUGCAUGGGUCACAUUGGCCACCAAUGACUCGUACUCCCUCGGAGCACUGGUAUUGGCGCACUCAUUGAGGCGUGUGGGGACCAAGCAUGAUCUGGCAGUACUUAUCACUCCUGGUGUCACCCAGUCAAUGAGGGAAAAAUUGUCGGCGAUUUUCACUGUGGUUCAAGAGGUCAAUGUCCUCGACUCGCGGGACGAGGCGAAUCUUGCACUGCUGGCUAGACCAGAAUUGGGAAUAACUUUCACGAAGUUACAUUGCUGGAGACUCACGCAGUACGAGAGAUGUGUCUUUGUUGAUGCAGACACUUUGGUGGUCAGAAACUGUGACGAGCUCUUCGACCGAGAGGAGCUAUCAGCAGCCCCGGACGUAGGCUGGCCAGAUUGCUUCAACUCCGGAGUAUUUGUAUUCACACCGUCCCAACAGACAUUUGCAUCAUUAACAUCAUUCGCAGCAUCCCAAGGAUCCUUCGAUGGUGGCGACCAGGGGCUACUGAACUCUUACUUCAGUGAUUGGGCUCAUAAAGACAUCUCGAAACACCUGCCCUUCAUCUACAACAUGUCUUCCACUGCGACUUACUCAUAUCUUCCGGCUUACAAACAGUUCGGAGAAGACGUCAGGAUCAUUCAUUUCAUCGGAAGCACGAAGCCCUGGCUCCAGUACUUUGACUCAUUAACUGGUGAAGUUCAACCAGCCCCAGGAAGCAAUCACCUCCAACCACUCCUUCAACUCUGGUGGAACAUCUUCUGCGAAAGUGUUCACCGCGAGUUAUCACCAGUCAUGGCCAGCACAACUUUGGCUCUACACUGGCACGAUAUCCUACUUCCUACGGCCCCAAUACCCAUUAACACGAGAUACCACGUUUUUCAUGACGCGACUGACCGAACAACUGACGAAAUCGACAUGGCUGAGCCGGAUUUCUCCGAGUUUAAGGAUCCCUGGGACAAUUUUGUACAAGAAGAUUUUCAUGGGGUUAUAGAUCAUUCCACGGCUCAUGUAGAACCGAUUCAAACGCAUCAUCAUGCAUUUGUCACUUCUGAUGAUGGGCAAAGACAUAAUCAUGAUCAUUCACUUGCUGCAAGUAUUCAGGGUCAUCAGAUUCAUGUUCAUCAUCAUGAUAGUUGUCCUAUAGUCAAUGUUCUUAGUAAUCAAACAUGUUAUUAUGAGUAUCGUGAGCCUUCAGGUAGACAAAUUAACCGUUCAGAGCAUCAAAGUCAUCAGCAAAGUCAUCAAAUUCCUCCCCCACCCGUUGAUUAUCAGCCACAUCAGUCGAAAAGUCCGCAUCAAACUCAUUAUCACAGUCAUGAAGAACACAGACAUUAUGAACAUGUGCCAAGCUCUCAUUCUCGUGAAAAUGGUCAUUUCGAUGAUUGUCGGAGUCAAAGUCAUCAGAGUUUUUCACCCAUUGACAUCCAGUCAAAUCAAACCCAAACUCAAAAUCAUAGUCACAGUCAUGAAGUGCAUAGGCAUCACGAUACUCAAUUUCAUGAAGAUCCUAGCGAUCGGUUGUCUCAUAUCACUCGUGAACACGUGCAUCAGGAAAAUAGUAGUAAGGAAAGUAGUAGUUCGUCUCAUCAUACGUCAGACAGACUGACAGAUAAUAGAGUUUCGAAAAUCGAAGUUAGUACAUCACAAUCCUAUUCCCAAACCUGUACAGAAUCCUCAAGCACAACAACGCACACAGAGAUACAUUCCGGCGAUGUUGAGAAUAGCGAUAGUGGUAUCGCUGGCGCGCUGGCGCAGCUGACACUGGGAGAAUCGAGGAGUCCGGAACAAGUGGCUCUUGAGGAACACAUGAGGAAAUACAGUUGGGAACAGGGACAGAUAGAUUACAUGGGACGCGACAGCUUCGAUAAUAUCUGGAAGAAAAUAUGUACAACGCUUGAUGCUACACCUUCGACAAAAGAGAAGACUCCAGUAAAAGAAACAACUCCCCCAGUGGAUGAUGAAAAAUCUCCCCCGCUUCCUGCCGCUACGGCCACAGCUACACCCCCAGUGAAGGGAGCCGAGGAAGCCGUACCCCAAAAACCAGACGUGAUCACCGAGUCCCCCCCCGAAAAAUUACCCCAAGAACCGACCUCUGACGUAACCCUCGAGCCCCAGCCAACGGCAGCGUCGCAGAUAACGGAAAAACAAUCGACUGAAAAGCAAGAAGAGCCAGUACCCCCAAAAGAAGACCCCAAAGAAUCAUCGACUCCGACUACUGAGCAACCUUCUUCCCCACUUGCUGAAGUGCUGCGCCUAGCCGCAGCCCCUCCCCUCCUCUCCCUCGCUUCGCCGCCCCCAGUCUUAUCACUGACGUCUUCACCCCCAGUUUUAUCGAUCAAAGAGUCUGGAGAGAAAGCCCAAUCAUUGACGACUGCAUCACCUAAACCAAAAGAAGAAGACGAAGAAAAGCCUGAAGAAUCACGAGAAACUGUCAUCCCCUUGGGCUACACCUCCCCCACGACAUUCGAGUCGACGACGUCCCUCAACCUCUCCGAAUCAGAGCAGCCCCAGGACCCCGAGGACGUCCCCGAGAGCCCAGUGCCCAUCCAAGUAGCUGAAUCCGUUCUUGAAGCCGACAUCAAGGAAUCCGUCUCAGAGCACAUCAAACCAGUGACUGAAGAAGCAAUCUCAUCCAUCUCUGCGCCCGUCCAAGAGUCUGUCUCGGCUAUUGUUGAGCCUCUGGAGGCUGCUGCACCUGUGCAGGCCCCACCAUCCCUGGAGGCAGUGCCCAGUCACCCAAAUGGCACUGGUGGGUUCGAUUCUGAUGUCAAAUCAGAUGAGGAUACUCCACUGGUUGCAGCAAGUGCAGCUGUUGCGGCACCUUUGGUGCAACCAGAGACCAUAAGCUUUACUUCGCAAGCCGAAGUAACUCCUGAGGUUGCUCCUGCUGAAAUCCCAGAGAUACCUGAAGAUUCACAAGUGCCUGAGGCUGCACCAGCAGCUGAAGAAGUUGCUGCGGCAGCAAUCGCUGCACAACCGAGUCCAGAAGUCCUCGAGCGACUCCCUGAACCCCAGGAGAAAUCUCCAGAGUCCUUGAUUCAACAACUACCGGUUGAAGAGCCUCCACAGCCUUCAGAACCCCUUGAUGUAUCCCCACCGACAGAAUCCUCAGAGGAAACCCCAGAUCCUGAGCCUGACACCCCAGAACCUUCUCCAAAGUCAACGUCACCGGAAAAAUUUCCAGUCCCAAGGACUCCAACAGUCAUCGAAGCAACGCCCCCCACGAGUCCUCAGUUCGAAUUAUCAGAAGGUCAAAGUGAAGAGGCAAAAGCCCCCAAGAAAGCCACGAAAAAACUGGUGAAAAAAAUGAGUUCGGAAGAAAAAACAGAGUCCAGUGAAGCUGACGAGGCGAAGAAGCCUGCGAAAAAAGUAGUGAAGAAAGUCGUCAAGAAACCGAAGGAGGGUGAAGAGGGCGCAGAGGGUAGUGCUUCAAUGGAGAAGCCGAAGAAAGUUGUGAGAAUCGUGAAGAAAGUGCCCAAAUGUGAGACACUGCAGACCGACGCAUCUGUCCCUGAGACACCACCACCACCAACAUCAGACACCCCAGUACCACCGAAGAGAAAAGGAAAGCCAGGGACUACAAAACCAACCAAGAAACCCGACUCCGAGCAAUGAUGAAACUGAGAUAAUGGAUAUUUUCUAAGGUUUUUUACACAAUAUUUUAAUAAUAAUACUUGUGAUGAUGGGGGGGUUUCUUGGCAGUGUUCAACUAGUCUGUGGUUUUCUUUGUGUUUUUUUAUUGUUAUCAAUCAGCCCUUCGUUACUCACGUUUAACGAAUAUUUUCUUCGGACUUUUGUUCGUAAAGAAAUGAAGGUGAAAUAUUCAUUUUACAGAAAUUAUAUCAAGUAGUUGGAGGUUCGCAGAAUAAUAUUCACUAAAAGUAAUGGAAUAAUCAUGGAAAGAAGGUCUGGGACACGUGUGUAACGAAGGAUUAAAUAAGAUAAAAUGAAUAAUUCAAAAUACGCACAAGUCAUUUCAUCACGAAAAUUCAGACUGACUAUUGCGAGAGCAAAGAGCAGUGUUACUUUUUACUAAUCGUUAAGAGUCCCAUUAUUCAGUUUCUUUUUUAAAUUUAUGUUCAGUAAUAAUGAAAUAUUCUUGUUCAAUAAGAGAUUGUUUAGCAUUCGCUUUAAUCAUCACUCUCUUGUCUGGCCAUCUUAGAUAUAUUAAUUUAUGUAAUGUAAGACUUUUAUCUCAAUCGUGUGAACUUUUUUAAUUUCUGAAAUCUUGAGCAUUAUUCGUUCACAGCAGUUUGCCAAAUCGAUUCUGUUCUAAAUUGAUAACAUAGAGUUUGUAAUGUUUUAAUACUGUUAAUGACUCAUAUUAAUUGAAUGUGAAAUUGUGAAUUGAAGGACAACGAUACAGUUGCAAGAGAAAUCCGAUUAUGAAUCAAUAAAGGGAGUUACGUACAGAAGUGAA